CACGCAACGGCACCGAUCCAUUAGUGUAAGCAAGAGUGACGGCGCCUUGACAAAGGAGGCACCGCCAUUCGCCUCAGAAGGUGCUCGGAGAUCACGCCGCCACACACGCUCAACAGUUCGCUCUGCGUCUUUUAUUCCUUCACCAGCAACAUGAAGUUCGCCGUUGCCAUCUUACUCCUGACACUUAUUGCCGUGCAGUCAAGCGAGGCAAUAAAAUGCUACGAAUGCGCUACCGGCACCGAUUGCAAGAAGGAGGUCAAUUGCACAGGCGUUUGCACGAAAACGUCAACCACGACAGCCGGAGUGACUGUCUCUACUAAAGCCUGUUCUACAGUCAAGCUCGAGAACGGAUGCAAGGACUCCACCAUUGCAGGAGUCACUAGCAACAUCUGUGUGUGUGACUCCGACCUGUGCAACACCGGCGUCGCUAGUCAUGUUGCUAUUCCCCUCAUGAUCGUCGCUGCUCUCCUUGGUCGCCUCAUGUAAAAAAAGAAAAAAAAAAAGUUUCCAUGUAGAAUUCGUCUGAGGGAGAGGUUAUUUUUUUUGUUUUUAUUUAUUUUUAUCUACUUUUAUGCUUGUGUUUCCUUUCUUCUUUCUUGACUUCUGUCUGGUGGUGUAUGCGGAUCUGUUUUCAAAGUAUGUUGGAUAUAUAUAUAUAUAUAUAUAUAUAUAUAUAUAUAUAUAUAUAUAUAUAUAUAUAUAUGUAUGUAUGUAUAUGUGUAUUUAUGAUGAAAGAUAUGAUAACCUGGUGGUCUAAGUCAAAAUAAAUAACUAUCUGCAAAUCUACAGAUAGACGAAUAUCAUUUACUUCACUAACUAGUUAAGUAUGAAGUAUGUAAGUUCUCAAAAGCAGUGUAGAAAUCCUAAUUCUGUCGAUAUUUACAAGUGCCUUAACUUUUUCUUUUCUUUUGUCUUUUUUCUUACCUUCUCCGUUUUCAAAUCAUGGAUAUCCAGCGCCCUCUGCCACGCACUGCAUUUUUGCCAUCAUCAUAAUGAAAUCUGACUUUGUUUAUAUUAUUCCCAGCUGAUUCUUUGAAGACACUCGGUGGCAAAGAGACACACUCGCUGCCCUCAGUUUCAGCAGUGUGUCUGUGUCAAGCCAGGUGCACUGUGUCCUUUGCCUUGCUCAUCACAUAUUUUCGCUUAUCAUGAACUCGAGAGGAUAAUCACGGAUUUCAUUAGCAAAAUUAUCCAACGAUUAUGCGGAUGAUCUAACAACAGACGGUCUAGGCUUUACACACAGUAAAACAACAAGAACAACAUAAUCUGCGGUGAACAAGACAGUGAGAAGAAGAAAAAAGAAGAUAAAUCUGUAAACAAAAUAAAUGUAGAAAUACCCAAUCUCUAACGCUUGUCUUCUCAGCCAACAACUAAGGAACAGAGACGCGUUAAAUUCAACAAAAUUUUCUCCUGGCUACGCAAAUUUCUCAAAACAAGUUGAUCGCCAAGUAAAAAAAAAAGCUGGCGUCUCCUCUGAGAUAGAUAAAUACAUAUGAUUGGAAAUAAAUAAAAAUAGCAAGAUUCUAACAAGGACUCCUCCUGUUACAUCAUCGUCAUAGUCGGUGAUUCUGAUGAUGACAUGUCUUUCAAACUUUCAAGGAA